CAGUCCCUCCUCCGGCGCCUCGGCCGUCUCCCUGCUCGCCGCGGAAAGAUGCCCUCCACCCAGGGCUGUGAAGAAGGGGCAGAAGUAGCUGCUGGAGCCGCCCGCGCCGCCGCCGCAGCUGCUGCGGUCCGUGUCCUUUGAAUCCCGGGCAGCACCCCCCUCGUCAGGGCGUCGGGAGCCUCCGGCGGGCGGCCGCGGUGCGGGUGUGAGGAGACCCGGCUCUCCGCCCGGCGCGGCCCAGGCCGGCCGAUCAGCGACCACCGACAUGGAGCGCGCUCGGGCGGCUAAGUAGCCGCUGCUCCCGGAGCCCCGCGGCCAGUGCCGUCCGCAGCCCGCGUUUCCAGCCCCGGCCGCGCCGCCAGUCAGGCCCCUGGGAGAAGCGGGGAGAAAAAUGAAGACUUUUCCUCCCAGUCCGUUGGAAAUGAGACUAACUGCAAAGCCUUAAAAAGCAGGAGCUCGGGAGGAGAAAGGAAAAGCCUCCUCCGGGCAAGACUUGGCGUGCUCCGGGCCGAGGGGCGCUUCAGGGACUCGCCCCCUCCCUUCCCGCUGGAGAAAUUGCCGCUGAUGCAUCAUCCAAGCGGUGGUUGGAAGGAUUUGCAGCCGAAUUUUUGGUUUUCCCUCCCCCUUAUAUACAUUCUGGCUUUUUCCUCCUUUUUCUGUUUUCCUUCUUCCUGGGAAGUGAAUUGCUGAUGCAGAUCGGACUUAAUUCAUUAAUGAUGCAACCGGAUUCGUUUCAGGAUUAUGUUGCACGAGUUGAAUUUUGAAUGAAGGAGCAGAGUUUUUUUCCUAAAGAAGUGUUGACUCUUUGGUUCGUUGUACUUUUAAUUAUUAUUUUAUUUAAAUAUACGACUUAAUUGUAUUCUUUAAAAAAUGUAUCAAAUAUAUAUUUUAUGGUAACUAUCCCUCAAAAUAUAUGUAUAUGUGUGAAAUUGAAGACGCUUCAGUUAAGUGAGGGUCACCGGUGUGUUGGAUGUUUAAUUCAGCACCGGCAUUGCAUGACAGUUGUUUGAAUAACAAGUGGUUUGUUUUUAAAACCACACCUUUUAAAAUUUAGUUUCAAAGAAUCAUAGUAAAAAUCGUUAAUAAUAAUUUAAAGGAAAACCAGCAGAAAUCGAAGCCAACAUGUCUGGAGAAGUGCGUUUGAGGCAGUUGGAGCAGUUUAUUUUGGAUGGGCCGGCUCAGACCAAUGGGCAGUGCUUCAGUGUGGAAACGUUACUGGAUAUACUCAUCUGCCUUUAUGAUGAAUGCAAUAAUUCUCCGCUGAGAAGAGAGAAGAACAUUCUUGAAUACCUAGAAUGGGCUAAACCAUUUACUUCUAAAGUGAAACAGAUGCGAUUACAUAGAGAAGACUUUGAAAUAUUAAAGGUGAUUGGUCGAGGAGCUUUUGGAGAGGUUGCUGUAGUGAAACUAAAAAAUGCAGAUAAGGUAUUUGCCAUGAAAAUAUUGAAUAAAUGGGAAAUGCUGAAAAGAGCUGAGACAGCAUGUUUUCGUGAAGAAAGAGAUGUGCUAGUGAAUGGAGACAAUAAAUGGAUUACAACUUUGCAUUAUGCUUUCCAAGAUGACAAUAACUUAUACCUGGUUAUGGAUUAUUAUGUUGGUGGGGAUUUGCUUACUCUGCUCAGCAAAUUUGAAGAUAGAUUGCCUGAAGAUAUGGCUCGAUUUUACUUGGCUGAGAUGGUGAUAGCAAUUGAUUCAGUUCAUCAACUCCAUUAUGUACACAGAGACAUCAAACCUGACAAUAUAUUGAUGGAUAUGAAUGGACAUAUUCGGUUAGCAGAUUUCGGUUCUUGUCUGAAGCUGAUGGAAGAUGGAACGGUCCAGUCCUCAGUGGCUGUUGGAACUCCCGAUUAUAUCUCUCCUGAAAUCCUUCAAGCCAUGGAAGAUGGAAAAGGCAGAUAUGGACCUGAGUGUGACUGGUGGUCUUUGGGGGUCUGUAUGUAUGAAAUGCUUUAUGGAGAAACACCAUUUUAUGCAGAAUCUCUGGUGGAGACAUAUGGAAAAAUCAUGAAUCACAAAGAGAGGUUUCAGUUUCCAGCUCAAGUGGCAGAUGUGUCUGAAAAUGCUAAGGAUCUUAUUCGAAGGCUCAUUUGUAGCAGAGAACAUCGACUUGGUCAAAAUGGAAUAGAAGACUUUAAGAAACACCCAUUUUUCAAUGGAAUUGAUUGGGAUAAUAUUCGAAACUGUGAAGCACCUUACAUUCCAGAAGUUAGUAGCCCAACAGAUACAUCAAAUUUUGACGUGGAUGAUGAUUGUUUAAAGAAUUCUGAAACGAUGCCUCCACCAACACAUACUGCAUUUUCUGGCCACCAUCUGCCAUUUGUUGGUUUUACCUAUACUAGUAGCUGCGUUCUUUCUGAUAGGAGCUGUUUAAGAGUUACAGCUGGUCCCACUUCACUGGAUCUUGAUGUUAAUGUUCAGAGAACUCUGGAUAACAACUUAGCAACUGAAGCUUAUGAAAGAAGAAUUAAGCGCCUAGAACAGGAGAAACUUGAACUUAGUAGAAAGCUUCAAGAGUCAACACAGACUGUCCAAGCUCUGCAGUAUUCAACUGCUGAUGGUCCGCUGACAGCAAGCAAGGAUGUAGAAAUAAAAACCUUAAAAGAAGAAAUUGAAAAACUAAGGAAACAAGUAAGAGAAUCAAGUCACUUGGAACAACAACUUGAAGAAGCUAAUUCUGUGAGGCGAGAACUAGAUGAUGCUUUUAGACAAAUCAAGACUUAUGAAAAGCAGAUCAAAACAUUACAACAAGAAAGAGAAGAAUUAAAUAAGGAACUAGUCCAGGCUAGUGAGCGAUUAAAAAACCAGUCCAAAGAGCUGAAAGAUGCACACUGUCAGAGGAAACUGGCCAUGCAGGAAUUCAUGGAGAUCAAUGAGCGGCUAACAGAAUUGCACACCCAAAAACAGAAACUUGCUCGCCACGUCCGAGAUAAGGAAGAAGAGGUGGACCUGGUGAUGCAAAAAGUUGAAAGCUUAAGGCAAGAACUGCGCAGAACAGAAAGAGCCAAAAAAGAGCUGGAAGUUCAUACAGAAGCUGUAGCUGCUGAAGCAUCUAAAGACAGGAAACUGCGUGAACAGAGCGAGCACUAUUCUAAGCAAUUGGAAAAUGAAUUGGAGGGACUGAAGCAAAAACAAAUUAGUUACUCACCAGGAGUAUACAGCAUAGAACAUCAGCAAGAGAUAACUAAAUUAAAGACUGAUUUGGAAAAGAAAAGUAUCUUUUAUGAAGAAGAAUUAUCCAAAAGAGAAGGAAUGCAUGCAAAUGAAAUUAAAAAUCUGAAGAAAGAACUACAUGAUUCAGAAGGUCAGCAACUUGCUCUAAACAAAGAGAUUAUGAUUUUGAAAGACAAAUUGGAGAAAAACAGGAGAGAGAGUCAAAGUGAAAGGGAGGAAUUUGAAAAUGAGUUCAAACAGCAGUAUGAACGAGAAAAAGUAUUACUAACUGAAGAAAAUAAAAAACUAACAAGUGAACUUGAUAAGCUUACCACUCUGUAUGAGAACUUAAGUGUGCGCAACCAGCAGUUAGAAGAAGAGGUAAAAGAUCUUGCAGACAAGAAAGAAUCAGUGGCACAUUGGGAAGCCCAAAUCACAGAAAUAAUUCAGUGGGUCAGUGAUGAAAAGGAUGCACGAGGAUAUCUUCAGGCCUUAGCUUCUAAAAUGACUGAAGAAUUAGAAGCAUUAAGAAAUUCCAGCUUGGGUACACGAGCAACAGAUAUGCCCUGGAAAAUGCGUCGUUUUGCGAAACUGGAUAUGUCAGCCAGAUUGGAGUUGCAGUCAGCUCUGGAUGCAGAAAUAAGAGCCAAACAGGCCAUCCAGGAAGAGCUGAAUAAAGUUAAAGCAUCUAACAUCAUAACAGAAUGUAAACUGAAAGAUUCAGAGAAGAAGAACUUGGAACUACUAUCAGAAAUUGAACAACUGAUAAAGGAUACUGAAGAGCUUAGAUCUGAAAAGGGUAUAGAGCACCAGGACUCACAGAAUUCUUUCUUGGCAUUUUUGAAUGCGCCUGCCGAUGCUCUGGAUCAAUUUGAAGAUUCCUUUUCUUCUUCCUCAUCUUCACUGAUUGAUUUUUUGGAUGACCGCUCUCCAUCCUGUACUCCAGCUAGCAAAGGCAGACGUACUGCUGACUGUACUCCACUUCCAGUUCACACACCAACCUUAAGGAAAAAGGCGUGCCCUGGUUCAACAGGCCUUCCACCUAAGCGCAAGACGCACCAGUUUUUUGUCAAAUCUUUUACUACUCCUACCAAAUGUCAUCAGUGUACCUCUUUGAUGGUGGGUUUGAUAAGACAGGGCUGUGCCUGUGAAGUGUGUGGAUUCUCGUGUCAUAUAACUUGUGUAAACAAAGCUCCAACUGUGUGUCCAGUUCCUCCUGAACAGACGAAAGGUCCCCUGGGUAUAGAUCCUCAGAAAGGAAUAGGGACAGCCUAUGAAGGUCAUGUCAGGAUCCCUAAGCCAGCUGGAGUGAAAAAAGGAUGGCAAAGAGCACUGGCUGUAGUUUGUGACUUCAAACUCUUUCUGUACGAUAUUGCGGAAGGCAAAGCAUCUCAGCCUAGUGUGAUAGUCAGUCAAGUGAUUGACAUGAGGGAUGAAGAAUUUUCUGUGAGUUCAGUUUUGGCUUCUGAUGUUAUUCAUGCAGGUCGAAAAGAUAUACCCUGUAUAUUUAGAGUCACAACUUCCCAGCUCUCAGCCUCUAAUAACAAAUGUUCGAUCCUGAUGCUAGCAGAUAGUGAGAAUGAGAAGAGUAAGUGGGUGGGAGUGCUCGGUGAAUUGCACAAGAUUUUGAAGAAAAACAAAUUCAGAGACCGCUCAGUCUAUGUUCCCAAAGAGGCUUAUGACAGCACUCUACCCCUCAUUAAAACAACCCAGGCAGCUGCAAUCAUAGAUCAUGAAAGGAUAGCUUUGGGAAAUGAAGAAGGUUUAUUUGUUGUGCAUGUCACCAAAGAUGAAAUUAUUAGAGUUGGUGACAAUAAGAAGAUUCAUCAGAUUGAACUCAUUCCAAAUGAUCAGCUUGUUGCUGUCAUCUCAGGACGAAAUCGUCACGUACGACUUUUUCCUAUGUCAGCUUUGGAUGGACGAGAGACUGAUUUUUAUAAGCUGGCAGAAACUAAAGGUUGUCAAACCAUAACUUCUGGGAAAGUGCGUCAUGGAGCUCUUACAUGCCUGUGUGUGGCUAUGAAAAGGCAGGUCCUCUGUUACGAACUAUUUCAGAGCAAGACCCGUCACAGAAAAUUUAAGGAAAUUCAAGUCCCAUAUAAUGUCCAAUGGAUGGCAAUCUUCAGUGAACACCUCUGUGUGGGAUUCCAGUCAGGGUUUCUAAGAUACCCCUUGAAUGGAGAAGGAAGUCCGUACAGUAUGCUCCAUUCAAACGACCACACACUAUCAUUUAUUGCACAUCAACCAAUGGAUGCCAUCUGCGCAGUGGAGAUCUCCAGUAAAGAGUACCUGCUGUGUUUUAACAGCAUUGGGAUGUACACUGACUGCCAGGGCCGAAGAUCUAGACAGCAGGAGCUGAUGUGGCCAGCAAGCCCUUCCUCUUGUUGUUACAAUGCACCCUAUCUCUCCGUGUAUAGUGAAAAUGCGGUUGACAUCUUUGAUGUGAACUCCAUGGAAUGGAUUCAGACUCUCCCACUCAAAAAGGUUCGACCCUUAAACAGUGAAGGAUCAUUAAAUCUUUUAGGGUUGGAGACAAUUAGAUUAAUAUAUUUCAAAAAUAAGAUGGCAGAAGGUGAUGAACUGGUAGUUCCUGAAACAUCAGAUAAUAGUCGGAAGCAAAUGGUUAGAAAUAUUAACAAUAAGCGGCGUUAUUCCUUCCGAGUCCCAGAAGAGGAAAGGAUGCAACAGAGGAGAGAGAUGCUACGAGAUCCUGAAAUGAGAAAUAAAUUAAUUUCUAACCCAACUAAUUUUAACCACAUAGCACACAUGGGUCCAGGAGAUGGAAUACAGAUCCUAAAAGACCUGCCCAUGCCAGGCUUCCCUUAUCCAUCCCCUCAGCAUCAUUCCGGUCCGAUCUCCUCUCCGAUCAACUUUGAGCACAUCUAUCACAUGACUGUUAAUUCUGCUGAAAAAUUUCUCUCUCCUGAUUCCAUAAACCCUGAAUAUUCCCCGUCUCUACGCUCUGUCCUGGGUACACCAAGCUUUAUGACUCUGAGGAACCCUCGGCCUCAGGAAAGCCGGACAGUGUUUAGCGGUUCUGUCAGUAUUCCAUCCAUCACCAGAUCCCGUCCUGAACCCGGUCGCUCCAUGAGCGCCAGCAGUGGCCUGUCGGCAAGGUCGUCUGCACAGAAUGGCAGUGCGCUGAAGAGAGAAUUCUCUGGAGGAAGCUACAGCGCAAAGCGACAGCCCCUGCCCUCCCCAUCAGAGGGCUCCUUGUCCUCUGGAGGCAUGGAUCAGGGAAGUGAUGCCCCAGCCAGGGAGUACGACGGUGAGGACUCUGACUCUCCGAGGCAUUCCACAGCUUCCAACAGUUCCAACCUGAGCAGCCCUCCCAGCCCAGUGUCGCCUCGAAAGACCAAGAGCCUCUCCUUAGAGAGCACUGACCGCGGGGCCUGGGAGCCGUGAACUGUUCCGCCCUCCGACCAGAGGCCAGGCCGCGUCUCUCAGCACCCUCCCCUCCCCUCCCCUCCCCGCUCCGCUCACUUUCAUCUCUUCCCUCCACCUCUGCCUGAAAGCACCCAGAGGGGGAUUCAGGAACUCCAACAGUGACUCCCACGCCCGCCUCGACUUCACAGCAACAACCAGAAGGUCACUUUCAUUGAGCAGCUUAGAUUAAUAUUGAUUUCAUUUCAUACACUUAGAGUUGCUUUCCAUGGUAUUUUACCCCUUCCCCAAAAGGUAGCUUACGUAGACAGAUUACAGACGUUCGCACUAAGAAUAAGGUUAGACAGACUUUGUUUUCACAGUAGUCGCUCUGCAACCCUGAGGUAGCUCAUGGUCUCCAGUCGUCCUGCCAAACCCACACUGAAUGUCGACCUGAUCGUUGCCAGUAAAUCCUUAUUAAUUAAAACAAUGCAUAUUUUACUACAAUACAGAGUUUAAAUACACAAAUGUAGAGGUUAAAUACUGAAUGUAUAUAGUAAAAAGAAGCAUCUUGUAUUCAACAAAAGAUGGAUGCAUAUAUGAGAGAGAUCAUUUAAUUUAAAGAAAUGUUUUGUUUCUUGUCUGUUUCCCAGCUACAUAAUUUAAAGGGUAGAAGGGCCUCAAGCUGACACUUAGAGGGACAGCGAGAGGAAUCAGGGUUCCCUUCAGUGCCAGCCUCACACUGGGGCGGGUCCCAGUGCCCUGGGAGCUUCAGGAAAACGUUUGGCCUUUGGUUUCAUUGGUUUGGGGUAUGGCCUGGGCACCAGACUUGUAACAGUUGAAGCCUUUUCAGCAGCAGCAUCAAAAGGCAAAUUUACUUCUAUCCAAGACAUUUCUUUUCCUAGUACUAGAGUUUGAGCCACACUUUUCAGUGUUUAUUAUAUUUUCGUACCUUCUGCAGAUGAAUGUAGAAAUGUAAUUUUGUCACCUUUUGAUCCCUUCUGUCACAAGGAAUGCCGUGGCUUCUGAAGAUCCAUAAAAGGUUCAUAAAAGUGCUUUUUUGCUGGACCACCAUCCCUCCGGAGGUGCAGUGACGUGUCUGUCCUCUAGCUCAGCUGGCUUCUCAGGGAGGAGUCUGUUCUGAGGGUGUAUGAGCUUCCUCAGAUAAGCCUGGGAAAGGGGUUAAUUACCAAAUAAUAUAAACCUCACACGCAAGGACUUGAACAGCCUUAACCAAAUAUUCUUUCCCAAGCCCAGUAGGAAAUGAGCGUGUUCCACCCCAGUGCGCAGGCAGGAGGCGCCUGGCUGGGCCGGAUGAGCUUUUCCUCCCGCAGCUGCUGUACUUGGUUGUUAGUUACAUUUCCAUUUGAAUUCCUGCUGUUUUAAUUACCACACAGAAAUGAGGGGCAGAACCAGAACUUUAUUUCUCCAGUUGGUUCACCCGUUAAACACGUGAGUAGAGAAACAGAAAUAAAAAUAUGAAAGGAAAGAGAAUCUGCCUCUCUCUUACUUUUUAUCUGAGAACUAAAAAGGGGAUUUUCUCCUGUUCUUUAAACUCAGCUAAAGCGGAGGAGUUUUCCUGCAGUUGCUGGUCUGCACUGCAGUGUUUGCGCUCUGCCCUUUCACCCUGAGCUCAGUUUAUCAUCCUCAGCCAGCAGCACCUCGACCUCCCCACCCCUGGGCGCAGGCAGCUGAGCCCACUUCCCAGUUGUGGGGUCACUGAAAGGAUCCUGUUUGGGGAUCAUAUUGCAAAAGGUUCCAGUAGAGAAGUGAAACAACAGCUUUGGCACUGAGACAUUCUGGACUGGCUUCUGCUCCAGUUUGGAUGAGCAGCGCUUACUGCACGGUCCUACCUCCGACAUCUUGCUUCCCCCGCCC